UCCUCUUCUAAUCUGUGAAAACUGACUCUGUGAUUUGUUGAUAGGCAUUUUGGACUCCUCAUAUCUUUUAUAAAUAAACGACUUUGGUUUUAAAUUAGAUUUUUUUAAAAUUAAAAGCAUCUAACAUGGAAAUUUGAAAAAAUAUUUUAGUGCCCUGAAGUAGAUUAGACUAUCAUUUUUAAAUAGAAAAUAUAAUGACUACACCAAGACUACAUCAAAGUUAUUAAAAAAAAAUAUUUUAAUCUUUUUUUAAUAUAAACAAAUAGUGAUAAAUUUGUAGAUUAUAAUGAACACAUAUGAUAAUGAUAUAAGUCACUAUGCUAUUGCAGAACUGGUCCCGGAUCAUUUUCUAGAAAAUAUAUUUUCGUAUUUAAACUUGCGAGAUCUCAAAAAUUGCGCAUUAGUGUGUAAAACUUGGCUUAGAAUUUUAAGUGACGAAAAUAAUGAUGUUUGGAGAUUGCAUUGCGUUAAAAGACUGGCCGAAGAAGUCAUGAAGUCUGAUUUGCUUUCCAAUCUAGCAACCUAUAAGUCUAAGUUAAGAGCAUUCUAUCAUGCAUGGAGUCCUUACGAUUGUUCUAGGAAUAUUUAUAUUAAACCCAAUGGCUUUACUUUACACAGAAAUCCAGUAGCCCAAAGUACUGAUGCAUGUAGAGGAAAAAUUGGCUUUUAUAGAGGCAGACAUUCGUGGGAAGUUAUUUGGGAAGGGCCACUGGGUACAGUAGCAGUGAUUGGAGUAUCAACUAAAGAAGCCCCAUUACAAUGUCAAGGCUAUGUAGGCCUUUUAGGUUCUGAUGAUCAUAGCUGGGGUUGGAAUUUAGUUGAUAAUCAAUUAAUACAUAAUGGCGACACUCAUGGACGUUAUCCUAUACUUAAUAACUGCCCCAAAUAUCAAGUCGGAGAACGCAUCAGAGUAAUUCUAGACUGUGAAGGACACACAUUAUCAUUUGAGAGAAAUCAUGAAUUUCUGGGAGUGGCUUUCCGAGGCCUUCCAUACAAAAAAAAGUUAUAUCCUACUGUAUCAGCUGUUUAUGGUAACACAGAGGUUUCCAUGAUCUACCUUGGGGUACCAGCAGACGGGUAACAAUUUCCACAUGAUGGUACAACAGUGUUUUAAAAUCUCAACAUGUGAUAAAUUUUAUAUAUUAUUUAUCAUAAACUUUGUUAUUUUAAUAUUUAUUAUUAGUAAUUUUAAAAUGAUCUCUUAGUUUUAAGUAAGUCUAGUCAAGUUAUUAAAUGAUAUAACUAUU